AUGGCGGAGGGCAGCGGCGGCGGUGGGAGCGGCCGGGGGCCGCCGUGCCUCGGGGCGGCCUCGGCGUUCCGGCGCUGGGAGCAGCUGCGGCGGAGGGCUGCGACGCCCUGGGCCCGCGGGCUCCUUGCCGUGGCCGCCGGGCUCGGGCUGCUGUACGCGGUGCUGCGGGUGCCGGUGCGACUCCGGGACGGCCUGGCGGCGGUGACUGUGUUCUUAAGCACUUUGACUCCAAAAUUCUACUUUGCCCUUACAGUAACUUCGAGUUUUAUAUCUGGACUGAUAUUUGUGUUUGAGUGGUGGCACUUCAGGAAAUACGGCACAUCCUUCAUUGAGCAGGUUUCUGUGAGCCACCUGAGGCCCCUCAUCGGGGGUGCAGAGAGCAGCCCCCCAGCCCCAGCAGCUUUCUCGGCGGGGGAGAAUGAGAGCGGCAGGCAGAACAUGCCAGAGUGCAAAGUGUGGCGAAAUCCUCUCAAUCUUUUCAGAGGGGCAGAGUAUAGCAGGUACAUGUGGGUGACUGGGAAGGAGCCUCUUACUUACUAUGACAUGAAUUUGUCAGCUCAAGAUCAUCAGACCUUUUUCACAUGUGACACAGAUGCCCUUCGGCCUUCAGACACAGUUAUGCAGAAAGCGUGGCGAGAGAGGAACCCGCAAGCCCGGAUUAAAGCAGCACAUCAAGCCCUAGAGUUGAACAAUGAUUGUGCUACUGCAUAUGUCCUCCUGGCUGAGGAAGAAGCAACAACCAUUGUGGAUGCUGAGAAAUAUUUCAAGCAGGCUCUGAAAGCAGGAGAAAUGAUUUACAGAAAAUCUCAGAACUGCCAUUCUCAGAGCCCCCAGCAUGAAGCACAGCUGAGAAGAGACACCAAUGUAUUGGUGUAUGUGAAAAGGAGACUAGCUAUGUGUGCCAGGAAACUUGGAAGAAUACGAGAAGCGGUAAAAAUGAUGAGAGAUUUGAUGAAAGAGUUUCCACUCCUCAGUAUGCUGAAUAUCCAUGAAAACCUCCUAGAGGCCCUUCUGGAGUUACAGGCUUAUGCAGAUGUCCAGGCAGUUUUAGCCAAGUAUGAUGAUAUCAGUCUUCCCAAAUCAGCAGCAAUAUGUUACACAGCAGCUCUGCUAAAAGCCAGAGCGGUUUCAGAAAGGUUCUCCCCAGAAACUGCCUCCAAGAGAGGGCUUAGUACAGCAGAAAUCAAUGCUGUGGAAGCAAUUCACAGAGCUGUGGAAUUUAACCCUCAUGUUCCAAAGUAUUUACUGGAAAUGAAAAGCCUAGUGCUGCCUCCAGAGCACAUUCUGAAGCGAGGGGACAGUGAGGCAGUAGCGUACGCUUUUUUUCACCUCCAGCACUGGAAGAGGAUAGAAGGGGCUCUAAACCUGCUGCACUGCACGUGGGAAGGCACGUUUAGGAUGAUCCCAUACCCAUUAGAGAAAGGACAUCUUUUCUAUCCCUACCCAAGCUGCACAGAAACAGCAGACAGAGAACUGUUGCCAACAUUUCAUGAAGUCUCCGUUUACCCCCAGAAGGAGCUUCCCUUUUUCAUCCAUUUCACAGCGGGCCUGUGUUCCUUUUCAGCCAUGCUGGCCCUCCUUACCCACCAGUUCCCUGAGCUGAUGGUCAUUUUUGCAAAAGCUGAAAAGAUGGAUAGUGUCUGUUCAGCUGAAAAAAAAAAGGGAUGAUCAAGAAGAGUGCUCAUUGCCACAGCAUUCCGCCAACCAAAUCAGUGGUAGCAGGCACAGACAAAGGGGCCCUGGACGCUCUUUGUGGCAGUUUAUUAUCAGCAAAAGUUGAAAUUGUGUGCUGAGAUCAUCAGGGAAGAAGAGAAUUCCGUAUUAUUCUCUAGAGAUUGACACCUGAGAAGGAAAUACCAACUUCCAGUAUUCUGCUAUUUUAGCUGGAAUUAAUGUUGACUCUGAAUAAUACUUUAAUGAUGAAAACUCUUCCAUAUUUUACUUAUUUAGAUAAUUGUACUCAUGAUUCCAUUCCUGAUGUUUUCAGAGGGAUUCAGAAAACUUGUAAGAAACAAUGAUACUCAACAUCAAAGUAACAUUUCUGGUUUUAUUGCUUACAACAGGGGUGUUGCAUCUAGAUAACUUUUACAGUCGCUUCCAACCCAAACCAUUCUGUGAUUCUGUGUUUUAGUUAAUUGAUUGCUUCAUUAGUGUAACUACAGAUAAUGCUGUGAUGGCUGCUAACACUUUAUACAUACUCUGUUGUUUCCUGGAGGUCUGUAAUAGCAGCAUCUACUUGGAUUUUCAUACCAAAAAUGGAAGAUUAUCUUCUAUUUAAUGAUACCAGCCUUUCCACUCAAGCAUACUGUAAUAAAGCAAUUAUUAUUUGCUAUA